AUGCCAUCUCACCCGUCCACGAUCGCACCAUCCGAUCGCGACGACAAUGACAAAGACGAACCAUGGCCAGAUCCAGAUCCAGUAGGACCAGCACCUAUCCACACAGCAGUCAGUAGCACCGACACGAACUCGACAUACCAACCACACCAUUCCACACAGGUCAACCAAAUGAAAAACCCGAAGAACGAGAAGGAGGAGUACAAGGAGAAGAAGGAGAGGGAGAACAAGAACACGGGGCAAGAAAAGAACAAAAGGAAGACAGAUAAGAAAGACAAAAGGGCGACGAAGAAAAGAAUCAAGAAAGGAAGGAAUCUAGAAAAUCCCACAACACCCCCAGAAAAGAAGAAGAAAAGAAGCAAAAAAACACGGAAGACGAAAGAACCGGGAGAGGCAAGGCAAGGCCAGGAGAGAGGGGUGCCCAAAGAGCAUAAAUAA